UGCCUCGCACUGCGCUACCCCUCAAUGCGUCGUCGCCGCGCAAAAGAUCGCCACGAACUGAGAGGAAUCCUGCGGCACGUGCUCAUAUUGUUCAACUGAACACUUAAACACGCAUUCGCGUUGCGUUCUCUCCCCGCUGUCUCCCAUCUCUCCCUCCGUCUCUCUUUCUCUCUCUCUCUCUCUCUCUCUCUCUCUGUGUGUGUGCUUUCGCGGGGCUGAAGUCGUGUCCGGGAGAAGUUUGCGAUGCGUGCCUCUGGAGUGCGUGGGGACUGUGGCGCAUUGGACAGCGGUGGUGUUGAAUGAAGGGAAGGAGGAGGCAGAUCACACAUUAACUCCUGUUGGCUGCGGGGACUCUCUCCAGUUGACGCAAGCGAAGGCAGAAGGAUUCACUCGAAGCAACACCGACGGCGCUCGGGACCAGAAGAGACAAACGGAACACAAACGCCAACCCACUUCAUUCUUUAUCCUUUUGGCUAACCGGCGUUUCCUCGAGGGAUUUUACGCACCGCAAAGGAGUGAAGAAAACGCUGCAGAGAUGAGUGUUGCGUGGUUUUACAUGCCCCCGAAGGGUCCCCUCUCCUGAUAAAGGGACCAACGAGGACCAAACGCUGUCCCUGAUAUUUCCCCAAAGAAGAUUGCAAAGGUGGAGCGAUUAGAGAAGGGCUGAUGACGGGACUAUUAAUCCUUUCAGUGCAUCAAAAGCACCAAAGGGUAUUAGAAACGCUUGGAUGGAAAUCGGCCGAGUGUUUAGAACUGUUUUUGGUUUUAUAUGAAACUGGCGAUUAGUUCAAUCUGCAAGGAUAUUUUGUUUUCCUCUGAAGAUUUUAAUUGAAGAGUUGAUUUGCUUCUUUUUUUUGUUUCGCCGAAAGAUUGGAUGACACGAGCGGUUUCCCGGAGUGAAUUUUCAGAAACUCUCAGCUCAAUCUUUUUGUUUUCUCUUCAAGUAUUCCUGAAUCUAAAUGGAAUUUGUUGAGUCUGAGGCCGUUUGUGAAAGGAACAGACAUGGUACAUGGGCACAGCUUCCAUCACGUUGUUGCAAGUCUUCUCAUACUUGGGUUGUCUGGAGCAACAAGGAAGGAUACAUCAGUGAAGAACAACUCUGGAGUGAAGCCUGCUGGUCAAUGUGGAACGUGGGUGAAAGAACCAGAAGGCGGGAUCUUCACUUCUCCCAAUUACCCAAACAAAUACCCCCCAGACACAGAGUGUGUUUACAUCCUUGAAGCACCCCCAAGGCAGUGUAUCGAUCUACACUUUGAUGAGAAUUAUUCGAUCGAGUCCUCCUGGGAAUGUAAAUUUGACAACAUCGAGGUUCGGGAUGGACCGUUUGGCUUCUCCCCGAUACUCGGACGCUACUGUGGUCAGCACAGCCCGCCUGAUAUCAGGAGUAGCGGCCGAUAUCUGUGGAUAAAAUUUGUUUCGGAUGGGGAACUGGAAGCGGUGGGAUUUUCAGCAAGUUACAACUUCACUGCAGAUCCGGACUUUGCAGACAUGGGAGUCCCCCCACCUCUGCCCUCUUGUCAGUAUGACAUGGUUGGUCCGGAUGGUAUCGUUGAGUCCCUUCAGAUCACCAGAGACGGGAAGGCUGAUGCCACAGAGGCCGUGGAUUGUAAAUGGUACAUCCGCGCUCCGCCGCGCUCCAAGAUCUACCUGCGUUUUCUCGACUAUGAAAUGGCCAAUUCCAACGAAUGCAAGCGCAACUUUGUAGCAGUGUAUGAUGGUGGCAGUUCGGUGGAAGACCUGAAGAACAAGUUCUGCUCCACGGUGGCCAACGACAUCAUGCUGGUCUCUACACUGGGCGUCAUCCGCAUGUGGGCGGACGAGGCGAGCCGCAAAAGCCGCUUUCGGAUCCUCUACACCACCUACCAAGAGCCUCCAUGUGACCCAGAGGCCUUCUUCUGUCACAGCAACAUGUGCAUAAACAACACACUGGUGUGUAAUGGCCUGCAGAACUGUGUCUACCCCUGGGAUGAGAACCAAUGUAAAGAGAAGAGGAAAGCCAACAUCCUUGACAACCUGAACAACACAAACGGGACCAUAAUUGGCGUCACUUGCUGCAUCGUCCUCAUCCUCCUGAUCGUCUCCGUCAUCGUCCAAAUCAAGCAGCCACGUAAGAAGUACAUCCUUCGGCGCGAGGACUUUGACCCCACCAUGUUCCAGGAGGUCUUUGAGCCGCCCCACUACGAGCUGUGCACCUUGCGUAGCGCCACCGCGGCCGCGGCGGCCUCGGCCGACCUGGUCGACCUGGCGGAGGACUUUGAGAACUACCACGGCCUGCGGCGGGCCUCCUCCCGCUGCGUCCACGACCACCACUGCGGCUCCUACUCCAACCCCGGCUCCGCCCACUUGUCCCAGCUGUCGCUCAGCGGGCGCGGGAGUCGCGGGAACCUGAGCGCUCGAGACUCGGCGGGCGCCACUCUGUUGACGGACCUCCCGCAGCCGCCCAUGGCGGUGCGGCCCUUGCUGCCGUCCACUGGAAAUCGCAGGAGCAUCUUGGUGAUGAAGCACAGCUACUCGCAGGAGGCGGCGGACAAUGGAUGUGACCCGGAGGACGACCUGGAAGAGGUUCCCACCACCAGCCACCGGCUUUCGCGUCACGAGAAGGCAGUACAGCGGUUCUGCCUCAUUGGCUCUUUGAGCAAACAUGAAUCAGAGUACAACACAACUAGGGUCUAAGAGACAAUUUCAAGACUUCUUGAGAAUAGUGCAAUCCUGGAUCAUUACGAACGGGCGUCGCUCGCAUAUGAAAAAACGGAGCAGAGAUUUUCACCAGCAUGAUGCUGAUGAUGAUGAUGUUGCUGGUGAUGAUGAUGAAGGGACCCUUUGACGACAGGAUAUUGAAUCUGUAUUCAUGUGCAAAGAUGAACACAAAGGACGAGAUGAAAUGCUGUGAAGCGCAUCCGCUCUGUACGCACUGCAGUAAACCCAGGAUUUAUGUCUCACUGUAAAAGAGAUGGGCCUUUUCAGAAUGACUGAUUACUGAUUAUUCUCUAGUAAACGUUACAUUUUGGGAUGUCAGUCAGAAACAUAUCGGUCACUGUUAUUGAUUCCUCACUGAGAACUAAAGUAAUGUGAUCAAACAUCUUCAUCUUUAUUUCUAAGCAUGUCUUUUUUAAAUGAAUAGCACACAUGUUAUUAUCUUUUAGCAAACUUUAGAUGCCCGCAAUUUUUUUAAUCUGGGGAGAUUUAUUUUAUAAAACGGUAAAGAUUUGAAUGAAUUACUAACCUUAAUAAAUUUAAAGCUGUUGGAAUAUCCACAGUUUGAUUUGGAUAAGAGUUAAAGGUUACAAUGUGUGGUUUUUGCAUGCUUUUUUUCUAUUCGACAAACAUUAACUUACUAACAAUAAAAUACGAAAGCCCCCGCCCGACCCCCCAUCUACUAAUACUUGAAUCUUAAGACAUAAAAAGUAGUGAGGCAUCCCAAAUAUUAAUUACACUGCAUGCUGUUGCUUAUCCAAAUCAUGGGUCAAGAGAAUUGUGCAACUUCAUUUAAACCUCCCUUUUAAAUAUGUUGACUAACUUCCCUGCAGACAUUUUUAUUUUCAAAGAGACUUAAUUUUUUGGUAAACAUAUUUAAUUCAUGUCUGUUUGUCUUAAUAUAUUUGUAUUAAAACAGACCUUUAUACUAGGAGAAGUUGAAAGGAUGAUUUUUUUCACGGUAAUUUAUCUUUCAGGCCUGAUUUUACUGAUGCUUUGUAAAAUAAAUGAAAAUAAAGCUUCUCCUAUUUACUUUUUUUUAUUGGCUUUUGGUCAACAAUUGCUGUGUUCAUUUAGUGUGUCCUCAAUCUGUCAACACACGCCAUCGAUGACUCACCUUCAUGAAUAGAUAUAGAUGUUCCUAGUUGUUUGCUGUGGCUGAUUUUCUUUAGAAGAAGACCCAAACCAAAAGGAUUUGUUUCACAAACAGGACAAUAAAACGAGUCCUGGGCGGUUCAAAUAAUCACAGGUAUCUGAGAGUCUUUUUGUGUAUACUGCAGAAGAGAUGCUCAGCCUAAUAACGCUCACUGGUGGCAGGCUGCAUUUGUAGGUGAAACAACCCUAAAUGAAUGGAAGAAGAGAAUGGUAGAUCAGCUGUGAGCACAUUGUAAAACAAGUCGCAUUCACUCGCACAUGACAUUCCCUUUUCUCACACUUUUACAUUCCCUGAGUUCCAAUUUUCUUUGUACCGUUUCUGUUUUUACAUCUUCUCUGUGUACAUUAUAUAUUGUAUUCAAUGUCAUGUAUGUAUUAUUUACAUCCAUGCUGUCUUUUUCCUCCAUGUUCUCGUGCAUCACAUACUGAAUAAAAAUGUUAUUUUCUAUACAAGCAUUGUGCUCGUGCCUGUGAGUUGUCUGUCAGUUUCAUUAUUUUGACAAAGCACAGCUCACUCAAUUUAUCAUCUGUUACUCUCUCCUAAACACACACACAGUCAUAAACUCAUCUUCCAGUAUGUAGAUGGAGGCAGACAGCUCUGUAAUUAAUUAAGUCCGAACCGAUUUGAUCACAAGCAGCCAAAGCAGCAGAUGAGAACAGUGUAGGGCCCAGGACAGACUUUAAGUAAUAGUGUUUUUAUUUCUCUGCAGAUACAUCAGACAGAUGCAGCAUCAUUCCUCGGCACCUUCGCCAAGUUUGAAAGCAUUCGGAGCUAAGGUUUAAACUCCCUUGCAUCCGAAUGAACCGAUGCCCUGAGCAAAUUUACGAAUGUAGAGUUGUGGUAAAAAAAAGAAAAAAAAGAAAAGGCUUGUGAUGUUCGUCUUUGAUUUGGGACCGCUGAAGUGCAUUUUCCUCAUACCAGUGCUCCACCAGCUGCUGGGAUUGACAAGCGCUGGAACACUGAUGCUAUCAGAUAGAGGCCUGGAACUUUUCUUUUUUAGAAACUACCUUUAAUGUAAAGUUGUUUUUGGAAGAAAAAAAAUCAGGUUUUUUAAAAUAAUUUUCAUGUUUCCAUCAAAUUGCAUAUUUUAGCUGCUGAUUUCACAUUAUGUUACUUAUUUUUAUGUAUUUCUUUACAGUAGAGUAUCAGGUUGUUUUAUAUGCAGAUGAAUAAAGAAAGCCUUGUUGAGAAAACACAAAAAAACAAUGUUUGAAAUAAAGUAAUUUGUGCAGAGGCCAAUACAUUAUUCCACUGACCUAUGAACUAACGAUUUUUCCAAUUUCACAGAUGUCUGAACAUCAAUUACUUACUUUAUCUUCGUAAAACUUAAUUUCAUUGUGGUAUUUUCAGUUUUUUAACCUGUUUGCAUAUUUAUUUGAUAACAGAAAAUGCUGGACCGAAUGUUUUCAAUAAAGUAAUGUUUACUGAU